UUAGCCUAGCAGGAAACACCGAGGCUACCACCGCAGCGGUGGAAAAAGAAACAGCAGCGGACACAGUUUCGUUCUUUUCCCAGUCUUCACACUAGAUAUUUCCUCGGUUCAUUCUCUGUCGCUCGGCAACUUGGACCUGCAGCUUUUUUUUGUUUGCCUGGUUACGUUUUUUUUCUUUGACUUUAUGGUUGGAGAGAGCUCCUAGCCAGCUCAUACACCGGACGCUGGCCGGAGGUGGAAACCUAUCCAGCGGCUGUAAACGGUGGACGUCGGGCUGAGCAACGGCCGUUUUGAAUCAGCGUGCAUCAGUGGGCCUGCAGGCUCCACGCCGGUGCUGAGACAGGAUGAAGAGGUUCAGGCGACACGGCCAGGAGUCCCAGAGAGAUCGACUAAAACAGGAACUCUUCCAGUUCAACAAGACAGUGGAGCAUGGAUUCCCCCACCAGCCCAGUGCUCUGGGUUACAGUCCCUCUCUGCAGCUGCUGGCCAUCGGCACUCGCUCCGGCGCCAUCAAACUGUAUGGAGCUCCAGGUGUGGAGUUCAUGGGCCUACAUGAUGAGAAUGCUGCCGUCACACAGGUGCACUUCCUGCCCCACCAGGUUGAACUGGUGACUCUGCUGGAUGACAACAGUCUGCACAUGUGGACUUUGAGAGCCCACAAGGGACUUUCUGAGCUUCUGGAGAUAGGACGCUUCAUGCUCACUGGACCGCCUGGUGCCCCCCCAAGUGUGACCAGAGUGACAGCGGUGUUGGCCCACUCCUCAGGAGACCUGCUGCUGCUCGGGACAGAAGGAGGACACGUGUUUAUAGUCGAAGUGCCGGGCUUCAGAGAGCUGGAGGAGAGAAACAUUAGCCUCGAUCAAGUUGCCAACAGCGUACCAGACGACUACAUCGGCCGCAGGAAUCUAGAACACGUCGAAGCCUUACAGGAGAACCCCGUCAACCCGAACCAGGUCGUCAUCGGUUACGGACGAGGCCUGAUGGUCAUCUGGGACCUGGAGAACCAGCGUGCCAUCCAGCACAUCCCCGCCACACAGCAACUGGAGAGCGUGUGGUGGACAGAGGACGGAGCCUACAUUCUCAGCUCACACAGUGAUGGAAGUUACUGUCGGUGGAUGGUAGGCGGAGAGGAUGUGGAGGAGGAGGAGAAAUCAGACAUUCCUUACGGACAUUUCCCCUGCAAGGCCAUUUCUAAAAUAGUUCAGCUACCUACAGAAGAUGGGCCUCCAUUCCUGGUGUUCAGCGGCGGUAUGCCUCGGGCCAGCUACGGUGACAGACACUGCAUCACCGUGAUCCACAGUAAAACACACGUAGCUCUGGACUUCACCUCCAGGAUCAUCGACUUCUUCGUCAUCAGAGAUGCAGCGCAGAAAACAGAAGAUCCCAGUGCGUUGGUGGUGCUGGUGGAGGAGGAGCUGGUAGUGAUCGACCUGCAGACGGAGGGCUGGCCCGUCAUUCAGACGCCUUACCUGGUUCCCCUCCACAGCUCGGCCAUCACCUGCUCCCACCACGUCUCCGCCAUCCCCCUCAAACUGUGGGAGAGGAUCAUCAGCGCCGGGGGGCUGCAGAGCACACACUACUCCAAAAAAGCCUGGCCAAUAACAGGCGGAGAGAACCUGGCCCCAGACCCUCCACAGAGAGACCUGCUGCUCACAGGGCAUGAGGAUGGAACAGUGCGUUUCUGGGAUGCAUCAGGAGUCUGCUUGUAUCCCAUGUACAAACUGAGCACAGCCGCAGUGUUCCACACAGACGCAGACCCCAACGACAACAUGAACCAAGGCACAGAGGGAGAAUGGCCGCCGUUCAGAAAGGUUGGCUGUUUUGACCCGUACAGUGACGACCCGAGGCUCGGCAUUCAGAAGAUCCACCUCUGUAAAUACAGCGGUUAUCUGAUUGUUGCUGGCACAGCUGGACAGAUCCUGGUUCUGGAGCUGAACGAUGAGGCAGCAGAGCAGACAGUGGAGGCUAAAGUUGUGGACUUGCUGCAGGGUCAAGAGGGAUUCCGCUGGAAGGGUCACACUCGUCUGGAUGUGAGAGAGGAACCGGUGAUGUUUCCUGCAGGCUUCCAGCCCUUUGCUCUGGUGCAGUGUCAGCCUCCAGCUGUGAUCACUGCCCUCAACCUGCACUCAGAGUGGAAGCUCAUCGCUUUUGGAACCAGUCACGGCUUCGGCCUGUACGACUACCAACAGAAGAACAACGUCUUUGUCAAAUGCACCCUAAACCCCAGUGACCAGCUGGCCAUGGAGGGUCCUCUGUCCAGAGUGAAGAGUAUUAAGAAAUCCCUCCGCCAGUCCUUUAGAAGAAUCAGACGCAGCAGAGUGUCACUACGGAAACAUCACGUCAACAACGCUGCCAAGCUGCAGGAGGCGAACGCUCGUCUGGAGGCUGAGCUGGCAGAGAUGGAGCUGGCUCCAGUCCAGAGGAAGAUCGAGGCUCGGUCCUCAGACGACUCUUUCACUGGUCUCGUACGGACGCUUUACUUUGCGGACACCUUCCUCUCAGACAGCUCACACAACACACCCUCCCUAUGGGCAGGGACCAAUGGCGGUUGUGUGUUUGCAUACAUGCUGCGCAUCCCUCCUGUGGAGCACAGAGCGGACGAGCCGGUCACUGCACAGCCAGCCAAGGAAAUCCAGCUGAUGCACCGCGCUCCCGUGGUUGGCAUCGUGGUGCUGGACGGUCACGGGGCUCCUCUUCCUGAGCCGCUGGAGGUGGCUCACGACCUGGCCCGAUCCCCUGAUAUGCACGGCUCCCACCACCUGCUGGUUAUAUCUGAGGAGCAGUUUAAGGUGUUCACGCUGCCGAAGGUGAGCGCUAAGAUGAAGCUGAAGCUGACUGCCGUGGACGGCUCCAGAGUACGGCGGGUAGGCGUGGCCUGGUUCGGUAGCAACAAAUCAGAGGACUACGGAGAGAGCGGCCUGGUGGUCCUGACCAAUCAGGGCGACCUGCACGUGGUGUCGCUGCCGGGAGUCAAGAUGCAGGUUCAGCACCCAUGCAUACGCAGAGAGGACGUCAGCGGCAUCGCCUCCUGCGUCUUCACCAAGCAUGGACAGGGCUUCUACCUGAUCUCUCCGUCUGAGUUCGAACGCUUCUCUCUGUCUGCCCGCUUUGUGGUGGAGCCUCGCUGUCUGGUGGAGGUCCCUCUUCAUUCAGGCGCCCCCAGCAAACACAGAGUGCAGCCUGACGGAGCCUCAUCUGCUCACAAAAACGCACGUCAAGACAGCGAGGAUGCAGAAAGCGCAGCUAGACGCGUUAUGGAGCAUGCUUUGCUGAAUGACGAGAAAGUACUCCAGGAGAUCCAGAUGUCACUAGAAGGAGACCAGACGUCAUUCCUGGAGAAUAAUGUGAAUAGUGCUGUAGCUUGAGAGCCGGUGCUGGACAGUGGAGAGAGAACUGACAUGUUAAUGAGCAUGAAGCAUCCUGCAGUCCUGUGGCAGCUCCUGUCUCCUGCCUGACUGCCAGAACAACCACUACUGACCCCUGACCCCCUCGCCUCAGUGACUGACCUCCCCGCUGGCCCCUCGUAGAGACACCAAAGGGCUCUUGGCAGUAGGGUGCACUAUGAGCACCACAAGGCUGCUCGAAGACUCACUAACUGCUUGACUCCACCAGGCGCGGCUGUGUCACAUUCCCGCUGACGGCGGCCGCUUUAGCUAACGCUUAAAAUCCCGCCAGAUGUUCUCCGAGUUCCAGAAGUGACUUUCUGCUUUAAACAUACUCGCAUCCAGACAGGAUGUCAGACACAUGAACAGCAUCUGGUCAAUUUUCAAAAUAAAACCCCCCUUGAAUUCAACUUCCAAUCAUACAUCAACAAUACAGUAAAUACAAUCAAAACUGACAAAGAAACCAUUUCACUACAUAACCUACCUACUCAUAGUAGAAUCACACACAAUGAGGGAAAAUGACCAAAUCAAUGAAAACUGAGCAUGUCAAUGAAAUAACAGCAGCACACAGCCACGCUGGGUGGAAUCAAGCAGUAACGGUGCAGACAGAGGGUGAAAGAAGAGACACCACCUGUGCCUAACGACCACACACUGUACACAACUCCUCACAUCAUGGUCACAACCAUUUAACCCAAAGCUACAUGAAGCACAUUCCUCACGUGACCAGUGCCAGAAUUCAUCACACACAAAAAAACUCAGAUCCUCGCCAGCAUCAAACCAGCAUCUCACAUCUGCCAUGGAAGCCACUCGUUGAGGCUGUUUGACUUGAAUAGCAAGCAUACCCAUGUCAUUGAGAAAGCCUUUAUCACCACCAGCCUUUUGGACGACCAGUGGAAACACACACACACACACACACACACACACACUCUGCUGGACAAUCUUCACUGGCCUGCUUCUCCCCACACUGACAUACAGCUGUACGGAGUGCAGGGGAGGAUUUGAAUUAGGUUGAUGAAAAUAAUGUGUAGCUUUCAACUGUAUGUGAUUUGUGCCUGUUUUUUAUUUGAGGAAAACUCCAGUCAAAACUAUGGAAGCUCAAUUCUGCCAUAAGAGAAAAGAAUAGAUGGAAAAGUAAGGAAUGAUAAAAUUAAAAAGAAAACCUUGUGAUAUGUCAAAAUAAUGAGAUACCAUGUGAAUAAUUUUACUUUUUAAGUCAAAAUAUCUUAUUUUAAAAUUUUUAGUACAUUUGAUUUUUACUUACUGGUCAUAAUUGUUGCCUUAAGGUCAUAUUUUUACUAAGUCGUAAUUUGUAUGUAGCAAGUUAUAUUUGAUAGUUUGUAAUUACACCUUCAUUUUUAUCAAAUGUAAUAAUCUUUUAAUUUUAAGUCAUACUUAUAUUUUCGUGAUUUUGACUUAGUCUUAAUUCUUCUCAAUCGCCACAAUUUCCCUGUAGUAUCUCAUUCUUUUGACUACGUUUGAUUAACUGUGACUCAAAAAUCAUUUUAUUUUAUAUCUUGAAAUUGUGACAAAGUAAAAAAAUAGACAUUUUAACUUGGUUUAAAGUUUGACUUAAUAACACAAAGAUUUUUAUUUUUGUCAUUUUUUACACUUCAUUUGUUUAUUUUUUUUGGCAUUAAUGGGCUUCCAUACUAUUCAGAUGAACUAUCAAGGGAAACUAUUUUUGUGAUGCCCAAGAAGAGAAAAAAAAGAUACAACAGUUUUAUGUUUGAACCACACGGUUUUGUAAUUUUUGUAGUCAUGAUGAAAUGAUUAGUUAUAGCACCUGUAUUGUACUACUGUACACUGCUGACACAGCCCUCUCCCCUCCCGUCCACUUGAUAAAAACUUUGUAACCGGCCAUAGGUACUUCUCCACUACUGCGGAGCUCACAGUGCUGUACUUUUUUGGGGGAACAGUUUCAAUGGUGUUUGUUUUUUUUAUUUUUUUUUAUGUAAACCAUUUUUUUUAAUGCCAUCGAUGAAUAAUGUAAUUUAGGAAUGUAAUUGUAAGCUAUUGUAGUGAAAUGUUUUUAAUAUAUACAGUAUGUAUGUGACUCAGUCUGUACCUGUGGGCCUGUUGUAACUGGGGUUGGCUGCUAUUUAGAUCGUACAAGGAAAUAUUUUGGUACUGUGUCUCAGAAUGCCGGAAUACUAUUUUAGCCUCUGCCUAGAAUAUAUUUUUGUAGUGAACUGAUUAAGAACCCUAAUUUUUUUUUUGAUUUGUAAUUUCACACUACACUUUUCUUGUGGAUAAUUAUUAUAUGUUUUUUUCCCAAGAAUGAAUGAAGUCUCUGUUCUUAUUGUCCAAAUACACUGACAUGCCUU